UGUUGACACAGAAAAGUCAUUCGCGUCCAUUCAAAAACUGUUUGCCACCCAAAUCAAAUCGCCGAAAAACGCCGCAACAGAGGGCUACAUUGACCACCGAACAGACGGUCUCUCUUUCUUUCUACAUGACAUCGAUGCCCACGGGCAGGGCAUGUCACAGACACAACGACUAGGCAUGGCUUCUGCUGCAGGAGGGAUCGGCCGAAUCAGCUCGGCCAGACAAGAACCUGCUGAUCCCCGCGUCGAGGCGAGCAAGUGGGAAGAAGAAUUAAAUAGGGCAGUCGUCUCCAAGAGUGAUCUCAACGCUCUUCUGUUCGACUAUCUCGUCGUUGAAGGCUUCUCAGACGCUGCUGUCGAGUUCGCUCGAGAAACUGGACUUCCUCAUGAUGUGGAUCAUGCAAUGAUUCGCGAGCGAAUGGAGAUCCGUGAAGCCGUCCAGGAUGGACGGGUCGAAGAGGCCGUCAGACGAGUCAACGAAUUGGAUCCAGAGAUCCUCGAUACCAACGCUCCGCUGUUGUUCCACCUGCACCUCUUACGGCUGAUCGAGCUCAUCCGACACGAAGAAAUUGAACAAGCGCUCAAUUUCGCCCGAGAUGAGCUGGCCCCACGCGGGGCCCAGAACCCAGAAUUUCUUGCCGACCUCGAAAAGACCAUGGGUCUCCUUACAUUCCCCGAGAUUGUCCGUUUCGCCGAUGAUGCUCCCCCGAGCUCGUCCCGUCCUACUCUUCCUCGUCCACCGCUAGACGUGGACGCACUGGACAGACUCAGCGACCCUGCAUUUCAGCCUAUUAUGGCCCUGAUGAAGAAAAGUCAACGAGAUAAAGUUGCUCAGGAGCUCAAUGCCGCCAUUCUGGAAUCUCAAGGUCAAGGAAUGGAGACGAAGCUGGGUGGAUUGGUGAGACUGAUGAGCUGGGGAGAAGAAAGAUUGGAAAAGGCUGGGAUCGGUUUACCAUUCGAGGAUAGGAUGAAGGGGAGAGCAUGGGCUGAUGCCGUAUUGAGUCGGCAGAGCUGAGAACGCCGUCGAGUUGUUAUGGUUCUCGUUGUAAAGUAUCACUCUCGGCACGAAACUCACGAAACUAUGUGUUGUAAGAGCCUCUGCGUCACUCACAUAUUCAUGUCAUGUAUCUUAUAUAUACGAGG